AUGGAGAGUGCUAUUGGCCCUCAAAGGGCUGGAGCUGGUUUUGGCCAGCCCGCUUUCCCUCUGCCUGGGAAAGUGAAAAUUCCUCAAGGCUUUUCACUUCAGGUUUCAUGUGGGGAUCUAAACAUGAAUACAGAGGUUUUGGUGAACUCCAUCCUUAUAACUUCACUUUUUAUGUUGAUUUUGGCUGUUGAGGAAAGUUUAGCACAAUCACUGAGGCAUGUGGGUGGUGGGUGUAAACUCUCCACCGAGGCAUCGCAAAGACGCUGCCGGACCUCCGACGGCCUAAUCUGCAGCGGGAGGGGAGAAUGUACGUGCGGGGUCUGCAUAUGUCAAGUCACUGAGCCUGGGAAGUUCUACGGCCCACGGUGCGAAUGCCAUGACUGGGUCUGUGCAACAUAUGACGGGAAGACCUGCGGUGACCAUGGGACAUGUGACUGUGGUAAGUGUGUCUGUGAUGACGGCUGGUCCGGAGAUGCUUGUCAGUACCAGGAAGACUGCACGCUUUCCAGCCGGAAGAGCAAAGACCUGUGCCGUAACUCUCAGGGAGUGGUGUGCUCCAAGGCAGGAACGUGCCACUGUGGCAGCUGCAUGUGUAAGGACCCCGAUGGCAGCGGCCUCAUCAGUGGGCGUUACUGUGAAUGUGAUGACAGCCAGUGCCUUGACGAGGACUCAGAAGAGGUGUGUGGAGGCCAUGGAAAGUGUUACUGUGGAAACUGUUACUGCUCGGCCGGUUGGCAUGGAGAUAAAUGCGAAUUCCAGUGCGACAUUAGCCCAUGGGAAAGCAAGCGGAGAUGCACCUCUCCAGAUGGCAAGAUCUGCAGUAACCGAGGAACAUGUAUCUGUGGAGAAUGCACCUGCUACGAUGUUGACCCAUCAGGAGAUUGGGGUGACAUCCACGGAGACACCUGCCAGUGCGAUGAGAGGAGCUGCCAUGCUACAUAUGACAGAUACUCAGACGAGUUCUGCUCUGGUAAUGGUCAGUGUCACUGUGGGAGAUGUGACUGCAAAGAGGGAUGGACGGGGAAGAAGUGUGAGCAUCCUCUUUCCUGUUCACUGUCUGUAGAGGCAAGUUCGAAGAGAUGCCGGGGAAGCUCUAACCUGCCCUGUUUUGGAAGAGGUCAGUGUUUAUGUGGCCAGUGUACGUGCCAUCCACCAGGAGACAGCCGUGUUCAUGGCAAGAACUGUGAGUGUGAUGACCGGCAGUGUGAAGAUAUAAACGGAGGGACAUGUGAAGGCCAUGGCUUUUGCUCGUGUGGCCGCUGUAUCUGUAAUGAUGGAUGGUUUGGAAAGCAUUGCCAGUUCCCUCGCACCUGCAACAUGACCGAGCAGCAGAGCAAGAGUCUGUGUGAGACGUCUCACGGUGUCAUGUGCUCUGGGAAAGGCUCAUGUCACUGCGGGAGGUGCAUCUGUUCACCACAGGAGUGGUACAUUUCAGGCGAAUUCUGCGAAUGUGACGACAGAGAGUGUGACAAGCAUGAUGGCAUGAUCUGUACAGGAAAUGGUGUGUGCAGCUGUGGAACCUGUGAGUGCUGGGAUGGCUGGACAGGGAACGCCUGUGAAAUCUGGGUGGGAGAAGAGUACUAAUGCCAAAAGCCAUUUUCUAAAAGACUGUUUAUUUAAAAAAGGCUGCUGCAACGAAAGCGUGUAAAUAUUAAAAAGAGAAUGGAAGCACUCAGAUGUACGGAUGGGUGACAAAUUGAAAUGGAAAAACCAAUUUAAAUUUCUAGAACGGCUUUAGUGCUGUUCAAGCCUUUGGUGCCUUACUGGAGGGAUGGAACACUAUUCCUCCAAAAUGCAUUUCUUCAAUUGGUGUCCUCAGUUGAUGGUGACCAUUAAGGCCAUAACAUCAUUUCCUUGCUUAUCAUACCAUUCAACCAGUUAUUCUUGUGCCUUGGAGAUUCUGCUUUUGGAAGAGACCACUCCUGCCAAGAUAGAAAUGUUUCAUUCUGUUGAAAUACCUUUAUGAUGAUUUGCAAUUAGCCUUUUGGGUCUUUUUAAAUAAACCCAAAGCAUGCCAGCAAAAUGCCCCCAAGAGUCAAGCAUUCAAUUCUUCACAAUUUUCUUAGCUUAGAUUGCACAUGCGCUCAUAUACUUGCCAAGAAUCUGAUCAUAGCCACUGUAAACAUUUAUCCACGGUUGUAGUUAUAGACCCGUGGCUUUUGAACUUUUAAACGUACCUGGUUCUAAUCACCGUUUGAUCUUGAUAAAGUAUCAAGCUCUGUUUAGACUGUUUAGCAUUUUAAACAUAUGUAAACACCUGACCAUGGGUUUGUUAGGAGUUCAAUUCCAAAACCAUGAGCAUUAAUAUGGAUUUUCCCCUUAAUUUCUAAUCCAGUUGUAUUUCUCAAUUUCAUGUAUAUGUAUAUUGUACUGAAUAUAAAUGCUCAUUUUAAAACAUUUUGUGGUUUUUUAGUAAAGCAAUUGCAAAGGCAAAAGACAAACGUUUUUAGACAUGCCCUUGUGUAAUGCUUUGUUUCCAAUACAGUUACAGUAUAUGUAUGGGCAGGGUCCAAACAUAAAAUAUGGAGAAUGUUUACCUAUUAAUGUGACUUAAAUUUUUGUUUUAAUGUACAUAGCCCUUUCAUGCCAUUUGGGAAGUUUUACAUAUUUUACAUGACUCAAGAAAUCAUCAACAACCCACAGAUAAAUGUACCUUUUUACUAUUUCAGAUAAGAAGCAGAGAGGCUUAUAUACAAUAGUAUAAUAAUUUGCAAUAAACAAUGACAUAAACUGCCAUAUUUUGUGGUGUUUCUUAACAGUGACAUGGUUGACCAUUCAUACUUGGGUAGAAAUGCUCAUGCUUGGAUGACUAUUAAGUGUCGUUAAGGCGAUUCCAAUUCCUGGCAUGUUUAUUGUUCCUCCAAAUGUAAACCUAUCCAUCUAGUUGUCUGCAGUCCUCUUCCUUUUUUACCUUAACUUUUCUCUUCCUGUCUACCUUCAGAUUGUGUUUUCCAAUGAUUUUGUUCUUCUAAUAAUGUUUCCAAAAUAAGAGAGCUUUAAUUUGGUUACCUGGGCUUUGAGUAAGAGGUUAGGUUUGAUUUGAUCAAAGAUCCAUUUGUUUGUCUUCUUUGGCAUUGAAGGUACUUUAAAAAGUCUUCGCCAAUUUUCAAAUGCAUCGAUUUAUUUCCUGUCCUGCUUUUCUUUUACUGUCUAGUUUUUACAUCCUUAAAGUACCACAGAAAAAAAGUCCAUCAGAGUCUAGACAAUUUGUUGUU